AUGCCCUGGGCCCGCACCUCUCGCAGAAACUCAACAACAACACGACACGAUAGCCACUACAUGCGCACUGCUCCCCCACCGUCCAACGCCAGCGCCGCACCCCGCGGUACUUCCGCUCGUGCACCAUCUGUAUCGAGCAGACACGGUAACUACGCCCAACCAAGUUCCAACCACGGGAGAACAGCAUCGAACCACCCAGGUACAUCCGCACACCAAAGCUCUCAUCACGGAAGAACAGCACCACCACCAAGCCGAUACGCAGCCUCCGUGCAAGCUACUAACCCUCCACACACACACACAUGGCAGUCUCGGAGUUACGCUGGCUCGGUAGCUUCGAGAGCGUAUAGCCAGCGUCCGCCGUUUAGUCAGGGGGCGCGUACUGCUGCGUCGAUGCAACGUCAACUCACAGUUCCUAAUCAGACUCGUGGCCAAGGUGGUGCGAGCGCCGCUGGCUCGAGGUCUAGAGCACCGACAGCGGUGCAAACACGAGGCGCGGAUAGGGGACGCUCGGUUGUUCCGGCUUCGGAUGUUGGGGGUGUUGGAGGGCAAGGGGGACAGGAGGUGGUGGGCUAUGCGUAUGAGACUGUGCAGGUUGGGGGGCGGAGAGGGAGUAGGUGGAGUCGGUUUAGGAUGUUUGUGUGGCGUAGGGGGUCUAGAAAGUAA